AUGCGUGAAAUCGUUCACCUUCAAGCCGGCCAAUGCGGUAACCAGAUCGGAGCCAAGUUCUGGGAGGUAAUUUCCGACGAGCAUGGAAUUGAUCCGACAGGCUGCUAUCACGGCGACUCCGACCUGCAGCUGGAGCGAAUCAACGUGUACUACAAUGAAGCGACAGGAGGCAAGUAUGUUCCUCGAGCCAUUCUCGUGGACCUGGAACCGGGGACGAUAGACUCUGUGAGGUCGAGCCCUUUCGGCCAGAUCUUUCGUCCGGAUAAUUUCGUUUUCGGGCAGAGCGGCGCUGGCAACAACUGGGCCAAAGGCCAUUACACCGAAGGGGCGGAACUUGUAGAUUCCGUGCUGGAUGUCGUCAGGAAGGAGGCUGAGGGUUGCGACUGCCUGCAGGGCUUCCAGAUCACCCACUCGUUGGGAGGGGGCACAGGGGCCGGCCUGGGUACGCUCAUCAUUUCGAAAAUUCGUGAAGAGUACCCCGACCGUAUUAUGGUUACCUUUAGUAUUGUGCCGUCUCCGAAGGUGUCAGACACCGUUGUGGAACCUUACAACGCUACACUGUCGGUUCACCAACUCGUCGAAAACACGGACGAAACAUUCUGCAUCGAUAACGAAGCGCUGUACGACAUUUGCUUCCGAACCCUUAAACUCACCACUCCAACCUACGGAGAUUUGAACCACCUGAUUUCGGCGGCGAUGUCUGGAGUCACGACGUGCUUACGGUUCCCUGGCCAACUGAAUUCAGACCUGCGUAAACUGGCCGUGAACAUGGUUCCGUUCCCGCGCCUGCACUUCUUCAUCCCGGGCUUCGCGCCGUUGACCUCCCGAGGCAGCCAGCAGUACCGGGCCCUGACGGUGCCCGAGCUGACGCAGCAGAUGUUCGACGCAAAGAACAUGAUGGCCGCUUGCGACCCCCGCCACGGCCGCUACCUGACGGUGGCUGCCGUCUUCCGAGGGCGGAUGUCCAUGAAGGAGGUGGACGAGCAGAUGCUGAACGUGCAGAACAAGAACAGCAGCUACUUUGUCGAGUGGAUCCCCAACAACGUGAAGACGGCCGUUUGCGACAUACCGCCGCGCGGCCUCAAGAUGUCGGCCACUUUCAUCGGCAACACGACCGCCAUCCAGGAGCUGUUUAAGCGCGUGUCGGAACAGUUCACUGCCAUGUUUCGACGCAAGGCCUUCCUGCAUUGGUACACGGGCGAAGGCAUGGACGAGAUGGAGUUUACCGAAGCCGAGUCCAACAUGAACGACUUGGUGUCUGAAUACCAGCAGUACCAAGACGCCACGACCGAAGAGGAGGGAGAAUUCGACGAAGAGGAAGGAGAUGAAGAAGCGGGUUAA